UUGUUUUUUGAUGAUUUUUACCAUUUUUCGAGUUCGCGAUUUCUAAACUCCCAAAAGUGCGAUUUUCAGUAACCGUGUACAUUUUAUCUGUUCAUCUGUGCUGGUUUUGCUUGGACAUUUUUCAUCUGGAUGUUUUUGCGACUUCUAUAACAAAACCAAGUUAGCCGUCAGUGCUCUGACAUCGCAAUAAAGCAUAACCUAGGCAAUCAUGCACGAUCCCAAUCAACAAUAUUACGGGGGUUUCCCUCAACAACCUGGAUAUGGACAACGAUGCUAUGCGCCGCCAUAUCCUCCUCAACAACAAAUGAACCCUGGUUACCCCCCACCUCAGUCAUUAUAUGCGCAACCUGGAUCUGCACCGCCACCAGGAUUCCAAGGAUUCCCUCAAGUUCCUGGAACUACCGGUCCAGAAAUGGGUGGUUAUGGAGUUUAUGAUCCGGAAAACCCAGAAGCUAAAAAUUUUGAUUUCUCCGACCAAUCUAUAAGGAGAGGAUUUAUUCGAAAGGUUUACUCAAUAUUAACGGCCCAACUAAGUAUCACACUUGGAUUUAUCUGUCUGUUCAUGUACCAUCGUCAAACAAACAUUUGGGUUAAGCAGCAUCCGGAAAUGUUUUGGAUAGCUUUCGGGGUAAUGCUAGUCACGUUGAUCUCAAUGGCAUGUUGCGGUAGUGUUCGACGCAAAGCUCCCAUGAACUUUAUCUUCUUAACUCUGUUCACUUUGGCUCAAUCAUUUUUACUUGGAAUUACCACGGCACGGUUCAGUUCUCAAGAGGUUUUGCUUGCAGUUGGAAUUACAGCGGCCGUUUGUCUUGGAUUAACUUUAUUUGCUUUUCAAACCAAAUGGGACUUCACUGUCAUGGGUGGAGUGUUGUUCGUCGCAGUUAUUAUUCUCAUGUUGUUUGGCAUCAUUGCUAUUUUCUUUCCCGGCAAAACAAUUACAAUCGUGUAUGCCAGCUUUGGAGCUCUGAUCUUCAGCAUCUACUUGAUUUAUGACACGCAGCUUAUGAUGGGAGGUGAACACAAAUACAGCAUUAGCCCGGAAGAGUACAUUUUUGCUGCUCUAAAUCUGUAUCUGGAUAUCAUUAACAUAUUUUUGUACAUUCUUACAAUUAUUGGCGCUUCACGUGACUAAUCAUGUUUCAAUUAUGUUAUCAAUUCCAUCUAAAAAGUGUAAUCCGAACGUCUGUUAAGUAAUUGUAUGUUUAAACAUUAUAGAUAAAAAAAAUCUGAUCUAUGUAAAAAUUAAAGCUUUAAAAAUAUUAUAAAAAAUGCUAAGAAUGUUGGCAUAAUUA